AUGUCCAACUUCUGGUUCAAAGAAGACGCCUUCCAAGGCCCUGGCCAGCUGGGUGACUCAGACAUGGUGGGUCCUAUCUUCGAUGAGCCUCUUCCAGGCGCCAACGCCAUGGGCCCUCAAAACCACCAAAAACAACCUCCAAGCCAGCAAGGCCCCGAGGCCAACUUGUUUGCCCAGGGCGACCUUGGUUUGGGUGAAUUUGGGUUACAAAAACAGUCCAAUCCACAUUCUCUGGGUGGUCCUCUGCUCGACGGUAAGCUGCCUCAGAUGUUUAUGAGAGGCAACGAGGGUGGUGUUAUGGGCCAGAACCAAAUGCCCCAGGGAGGACUUGGAGGCGAUGGUAAUAAUGGCGGUAGCAAUGCAUCGUCACAGCAGCUUAAUAGAGAGAAGCAGGAACAGCUUUUAAAGAUGAGACAGCAGAUAAUGCACCAGCAGAUGGUCCAUAACCAACAGAAGGCUCAGCAUAGACAGCAGCCUGAAUUGGCAGGUGCAAGAAACUCGCCUCAUAUGAACAAUGACGGGCAGAUGCUCGGUGGGAAUUUUCCUCCCGGCGGUAUGGGAGGAAAUGUUAACCAGAAUUUGAACCAAAACUUCAAUGCUAAUAACGGUGGCUUCAACGUACCUGGCUCGGCUGGGCCUGGCGGUAUGGGUGGUCCACAGGGGCCUGGCAACAUGCAAUUCAUGGGUAAUCAAAUGGGGGGCAACCAGAUGGGCCGUGCCUCGCCUCAUGGAAUGCAAGCUCAGGGUAAUAAGCCAAGAGGUGGGUCUAACCAGGGCAUGGGUGCUCCUCAGAAUAUGGUUAACCAGAACCUGCUUGGUGAGAAUAAAAUGAGUGCUAAUCAGAACCUUUCUCAGAAUAUGAACAUGCGUGAAGGUGGGUUUGAGAAUAGCCCUCAGAUGGGACAGUUUGGCUCUGCUAAUCCUGCCAUGGCUGGCGGCCAGCAGGGUCCUGGUGGAAUGAACAAGAACUUUAUGGGCCAGGGCCAGCAAAUGCCAGGUGCGCCUACUCCUGGCUCGGAAAGCAGUUUCCAAGGCGGUAACCCUCCUGGUGGAAACAACCCUAAUGCUCCAAAACUCACACAAAAUCAGUUUGCCCUGUUGCAGUACGAGCUGUUGCAGAUGACGCUCACCGACUUCAUGAACCGUCGUGGAACGCCGAUUACGCAACCACCAAUGGUGAAUAACAAAAAGAUCAACUUGCUUAUACUUCAUUUGUUGACAAGAAAGAUUGGUGGCGCUCAGGCAGUGCUCAGACAUCUACAGACAUUGAACCAACCUUCUCCUCAAAUCACGGACUGGACGAACUUGUGUAAGAAGUUGGGAUUACUAGAGGGUGUUGAUGUGCUGUCUAACGUGAUGGCCAAGCAACAGAUUGAAAAACUGGUCGGUACCGUCUACUUACAAUAUAUUCUUCCUUACGAGCAGUACGAUCUGACUGAGGAGGGCCGCAAAGACCUUCAAGGUCGUCGUGUUCAGUUCCAAAGGCAACUAUACCUUCGCUUCCAGCAACAGCAACAACAACUACAAAGACAGCAGGGUCAACAGCCACAGAAUCUGGCUGCAAACCAAAACCUACUGCAAAGGCCACAGCAGCUCCAGGAAGAGCAAAUGAAACAACAGCAUGAUAGAAAUUCUCCAAACGUGAAUCAGUUUCAGGCGCCUGGUCAGUCCCCACAUACAAGUUCCAUGCCAACUCCAAACGUUUCUGCCCAGCAUUCGGGUCGCAUCUCCCAGCCCCAGCCUCAGCCGAUAGAUAUCAACCAACCAUCCCCUGCCCCUGGUGGUCUUCUGAGGAAGCAAUCUCAAGUUGGUAGAUCUAACCAAGGCUCGCCUGCUGUGCUUCAAUCCCCAUACUUGCAGCAACAAGGUCUUUCUCGCUCUGGAAGUGUGACACAGCGCCUGACAUCUGCCCAACUGAGGUACGAGGCCUCUGCUACUCCAAGAAGACUGGUUGUUGGUACUGGUGAAGAGAGCUACGGUGGUGAUCCUAAUACCAUCAAGAAGUAUGUUCCUAUCAAGGAGAACACUGAUUCUUACGGCGCUGUCACUCUCAAGGGUAUUUCCGAUAUCUCUGCUGAGAUCGAACUUACUAAACCCGUGUACUUGUUUGCUCCAGAAUUGGGUUCUUUGAACAUUCAUGCCUUGACCAUGUCCCUCAAGAACUACACGCUUUCUAACCCUGGCGAGAUUUAUUCCGCUCUCAAUACUUUGCUUGUGACAACUACGGACGCUAACUGUCAAUUCAAGGUUUCUGAUGCCCCUGAGCUCUUGGAUGCCUUAACUAAUGUUGGUCUAAAGGUCUUGAGCCAGAUUACAAACACUGCAGAGCCAGAGAAAACCUACGAGGAAGUCAAGUCUCAGCCAAAGGGUCCUAUUGAUGCUAUCUUUGAGAAGUACGUGAAGACUGGUGAUAUGCACGGCGAGGAUAUCGUGUACAAUGUUGACUCAUUGACUGCAGAGUUGGUGGAAGAUGAGGACUCUGAUAUUGAAGUUGAUGAGGUCUUCUCACCUGAGGAACGUGAAUCAGAUCUGCCAGACACUGUGACGAGCUCUUCUGACUACAGCUCUCUCAACGUUCCAGACUUCCUUACCGGCUUGCUUACUUUCAGAGAAGAGAACAAGCAUCACUUCAGCAAGAUCCAAACCAAGAGUGCCACAAACGAACAGAUUUUCCUUGUGGACUUGUUGAUCACAGUUACUAUGACGUUGAGAAACCUCUCUUUCACGGGUGAUAGCAGAGCUCUCAUGGCAUCGAACUCCUUCUACCGUGAAUUGAUUUUCAAAACGAUCAAGGCCGUUUCUGUUCAUCCAGAAGUCUUCAUUUUCCAAAGAAAGAGGUUUUGUUUGCUUAAGGACUCGCUUGUCAUGUUGGAUCAAAUUGCUUUCCACAUGGAACUCCAGAAUCUUGAAGAGGCAUUCCUUACAUUCUUGCUUGUCAGUGCCUUUGCUCCAAAGCUUGAUGAAUUUGAAAAUGAUCCAGAGAGAAGCUGUGUUAUUCCAGCUGCCCUUGUUGAUGUCCACACGUACUUACCUUAUGGUGUGGACACCAUUGCUAAAUUGUUAGUGAGGGAGCCAAAGAGCAAGGCUUAUUUCCAAGCCGUCUUGACGGGAUCCUUGAAUGUGAUUUCAUCGGUGGAACAUCCAAGUGCGGGUGCAGUGAGUGUGACUCCAGAAGAUCACCACGAAACGAAGAAGUUGGCAUUGGCAUAUCUUAAGGGCGACGAACAGGCACUCAAAUCGGGUAUUUUGAUCACCAGGGCAUUCAAGUUAAUGAUGAGCAUCAUGCCAUUUACUGUCAGUGGGAUUGAGUUUACCAGGUUUGCUUUGCAGCGGUCCUCAACUACGUUACAGGCACUUUUUGGCGCCAAACUCAUAAUCGACUUAAUUCCGUCAGAAGAAGUGAAUGCACACCUCAACAAGCUCCCCCUUUGGUGGUUGACUGAUAACAUCCAGCUGCUUAUGUUUAACUUUACCAAGAAUACCUUCUCGCUUAUCACAGAGUCCGUGAAGUUCCCCAGACACUCUCAGGAGCAUAAGAUCUUAUCAUGUGUGGGGACGAAGUCGCUCACCGUGGUGAACAGUUUACUUGGAAAGGCAGUUACUAUCAAGCAAUCCUUAAAAGAAGGAGCCUACGAUCACUCAACUGAUAAAGCUGAUAUCCAGAAAGCUUUGGUCAAAUUGGAAGCUCUUUACAGAGUGCAGCCAGAAAGCGAAUUCGUACUCAACACUCUUUUGGCAGCUUCCAUCGACCCCGAUGUUGCACAAGAAGUGGUGAGACUUCAUGGAUUACUUGACCAAUUCCAGUAA